AUGGACAGCAUCAAAAUUAGAGAUUAUGACAGCAUAACAUCUUUUCUUGGAUCUUGGGGACCUUUUCAGCGAAGGAUUUUUUUAGCAUUGGCCGUCAGCAUCCUUCCGAAUGGGUUCAUUGGCGGCUACAUAGUAUUUAUAGGUGCUAUCCCAUCUCACAAGUGCUAUAUCCCAGAAAACUACAGCAUCAGUGAGAUUUGGAGAAAUGUGACAAUCCCAUUGGAAACGGUCGAUGGAAUUGAAAAGCGUAGCUCUUGCUCUAGGCUUAAUUUAGACAUUGUCAGUAACUACUCUCAAAACAAUAUCAUCCCAAACAUGGACGUGAAUGUGAGUGAAAUUCCUUGGGAGAGCUGUCUGGAUGGGUGGACAUACAGCAAAGAAUUCUACCAGUCAACCAUUGUCACAGAGUGGGACUUGGUUUGUGACAAUGGAUACAAACUUCCCCUGGCCACCUCUAUCCAAUACAUUGGUGUGCUAGUAGGAGCACUUGUCUCGGGCCAGAUGUCUGACAGGUAUGGAAGGAGGCCAGCACUCUUUCUGAUGAUGAUUCUUCAGACUAUAGCAGUCACAGCGCAGAUAUUCUCCCCAAACUGGGAGAUCUUCAGCUUUAUUUUUUUCUUUGUGGGUGCAGGGGGAUUCUCCAACUAUGUCGUUGCAUUUGUGCUGGGAACAGAAAUUCUAGACCCAAAAGCCAGAGUGGUCUUCUGCUCCCUUGGAGUUUUCAUGGGCUCAGCUUUGGGAUACAUGGCAAUGCCAGCUGCAGCUUACUUCCUCCGUGACUGGCGCAUGCUACUGAUUCCCAUGGCUGCCUGUAGCCUGAUAUACAUCCCUCUAUGGUGGUUAGUCCCAGAGUCCCCUCGCUGGCUGCUCUCUCAGGGAAGAGUGAAGGAGGCUGAGGCCAUACUGAGAGACGCUGCCAAGAGUAACAACGUAGAAGUGCCACAGUCCAUAUUUACACAAGCUGAGGUCGAUGAUGCUCUGGCUAGGAAAGACGAGAAACAAAACAUUUUUGUUAUCUUGAGCAGCUGCAAUUUAUUUUCUAUUACAUUACUGUGUUCACUUUUGUGGAUAAUCAUCACCAUUGGCUACUUUGCUUUAGUCCUCAACACAUCAAACCUGAACGGCGACCCUUACUUCAACUGCUUCUUGUCUGCCAUAGUGGAAGUGCCUGCUUACAUAAUAGCCUUGUUACUACUCCGGUACUGCUCCAGGCACUUCUGCCAGUCUUCUACACUCUUCCUUGGAGGCACCAUGAUCCUCUUUGUUCACCUCAUUCCAAUAGAUAUACCAAGUGUGCCUGUGAUCCUUGAGAUAUUGGGGAAAUUCGGCAUGACUUCUGCAUUCUGUGUGGUGUACUCAGUCACAUCAGAGCUCUUCCCCACUGUUAUCAGAAACACAGCAAUGGGGUGUUGUUCCAUGGCUGCUCGCAUUGGAACCAUCACCUCCCCCUUUAUCAUUUAUCUGGGACAAUUCUACAAGUCACUCCCCUAUAUGUUGAUGGGAGGUCUCGCAAUUUGUGGUGCUAUCUUAUGUUUCCUGUUGCCAGAAACUUAUGGCAAGGCCUUGCCAGAGACCGUAUCGCAAAUGCAGCUGAUAUGCGGGAGGAGAGGAAAAAAAGAAAAGGAAGCUGAAGACAAAGAGAACGCAGCUGAUUAUAAGAGUAAAGAAUCCAAGUUAUAGUUUGUCAUGAUUUUAUUUAGCACAAAAGUGCUGUUUUAUGUGUUUGUGUUUUAAAUGUCUUUUUCUUGUAGCAGUCAUUUUGAAGCACAUUUGCAUUGUAUUGUUUUUUUAUA